GGUUUUCUUCCUCUUUUCCCUCUUACGAUGGCCGCAACGCAUAACACCACCACCAGCAAUACCUCCACCUCCACCUCCAUCUCCAUCAUUGACCAAUUACGGGUGCUGUUGCCACGGAAAUGGUCGCUACGCACCCUCAGCUACGGUGCCAUGGCAUUCCUGCUGACACUCGACUUCUUUAUCAUACGCUCGCCCUCUCUGCUCGUACGGUUGGCAUUAGCAGUACUGCUCAUCUCCUCGACAAUGAUACCCUACAUCCGCCGCUUUACUGUCCCAGCAAUGCCUAUUUUCACCUGGCUCAUCACCUUUUACGCUAACCAAUUCAUCUCUACCGACUAUCGCCCGGGUCAUAUCUUUGUCAACAUCCUGCCCAGUCUUGAGCGCAUUCUCUAUGGUGCUAACCUGUCCGAGAUCAUAUCAAAGCAUCAACACCCCAUCCUGGACGUACUUGCCUGGCUUCCUUACGGCGUCAUUCAUUUCUCUUUGCCCUUCAUCUUUGCGCUGGCAUUGUUCGUAUUCGGUCCUCCCAAGUCACUGCAGGUGUUUGGCAAAGCAUUUGGAUGGAUGAACGUAUGCGGUGUUCUCACUCAGCUGAUGUUUCCGAAUGCAUCGCCAUGGUACGAGGUGAGCUAUGGUUCAGCACCUGCUGACUACACGAUUCCUGGUGAAGCCGGUGGUCUUGCCCGAAUUGACAAGAUUCUUCACCUCAAUCUCUAUGGUUCGUCGUUCGGCGCAUCGCCUUUGGUGUUUGGUGCCUUUCCUUCGCUUCAUUCAGGCUCUGCGACGAUCGAGAUGGCAUUUUUGGUGUAUCUGUGCCCACGAGCGUGGCCAAUCGCUAUCGCGUACACCAUGUGGAUGUGGUGGUCCACCAUGUACUUGACACAUCACUAUCUCGUUGACUUGGUGGGUGGUUCGAUCUAUGCAUUCUGCACUUUCUUCAUCGCACGGCGUUAUCUUCCUGUCGUUCGAUCGGAUUGCCGUACGCGUCUCGAUUACUUGGGUAUUCGUGAGAUCAGCCUCCGUAGCUUCAUCCAGAGUAUCGAAUUCCACGCCAACUACGGUCAUCUUGCCAACAAAUAUGAGGCAGAAGAAGACGCUGACUAUGAAAAGCUUAUGCAUGAAACUGUUGAUAUGGAUGGUAUGCCACAAGAUGUACUCGUCUUGAUGGAGCCUGAGGAGAAGAUGGCACUGCGUCUACGUCGCCUUGAUGCCAGCAUGGAUGAAGAGGAGAAUGUGGGUUUGUCGUACUCGGGGUCAUCAUCACCUGCAGAACCUGCGUCUCCUACUACGCCCCAUACACCCUUGACGUUUCCUCAGUUCCCGCUUCAUUCAAAAUCUUAAUUACCCUUUGCAUUACUUACUAUCACCGUAUUACUACCAUUACUACUACUGCUUACUAUACUACUACUACUACUACUACUA